AUUCUAAAAAAUAAUUAAUAUUUUUUAGUAUAAUAAAUUAUCAUUCCAGUAUUUGGUUGUGAAUAAUAAUUUAUAACUGAAAUAAAUAAGACAGUGUAUCGAUUACUUCAUAUAAUUUUGACACAUGCGCUCAUUGGAUGCCACAAUAUAAGGUAUAGCCAACUGUACGAAUCAGUGUCGUUCCGGUCGCCGUUUGUCGUGGAGUCGGUGAAGUUAGUGGUGGAAUUUUUUCGUGAAUAAUAUCAAAAAAUGGCGUCUGGUGUAACAGUUUCGGACGCUUGCAAAACGACGUACGAAGAGAUCAAAAAAGAUAAGAAACACCGCUAUGUAGUAUUCUACAUUAAGGACGAGAAGCAAAUCGACGUUGAAACGGUCGGCGAACGCAAUGCGGAAUACGACCAAUUCCUCGAGGACUUGCAAAAGGGCGGCACUAUGGAGUGCAGAUAUGGUCUCUUCGACUUUGAAUACACGCAUCAGUGCCAAGGAACUUCGGAGGCGAGCAAGAAACAGAAGCUUUUCCUCAUGCUGUGGUGCCCCGACACUGCUAUAGUUAAGAAGAAGAUGUUGUACUCUAGCUCUUUCGACGCUUUAAAGAAGUCGCUGGUAGGUAUACAGAAGUACAUCCAAGCGACCGACCACUCCGAGUCGUCUCGAGAGGCCGUCGAAGAAAAACUUCGCGCUACAGACCGUCAAUAAGCAUUUAUUACAUCAUAAUCUGUACAGCCGAGCAAAAGUUAAAGAUAACCGGUCAACAUCUAGGAAAAUUAUAAAUUCAUCCAUGUCUCAACGACAAGAUCUCAAUGAGUAAUAGUGUGAACUAUGACUCGAUAGUAUUAAAACGCUUGUCCAAUCUACAUCCGAUCACUUUGCUCGACUGUACACGUUUAGUAACAAUUUUUUAUACUUGGAAAGUCGCGUUGACUCUGGUUAUUUUAUAUAAUUUUGUCCUUAAGCUUUCCGAUGUACGGUCAUAUGUCGGCAUUUUGUACAGAUAUAGUGAGUGAACUGUAUUGCGAUGGACCGACGCGCGAUAAAUAGCGUUAAGGGAUGUUUAUGUAAUAAUUUAAAUUAUACUAAUUAUUAUAUAUAUUUUUCCUAUAAAAUAACUAAAGAGUAAGUUAAGCUCAAACUAAAUUAAAUUCAGUGGCGCGUGUGCGUGAUUUUUUUAUUGAAAUACAGGUUAAUACCGAUCAGCUUUUAUACUUAGAUGUAAAAUAAAUGUUCAUACGAACGCCUAGUUUUCAUUUGGGAUUCAACGUGCUAAUGCCGUUUAGCUUGUAAAUGCAGCUCGGAUCCAGCGGGCGAAAUAAGUAUUUUGUAACCAACUUAUCCAGAAAUACACUCGAUAUAAGUGAA